AUGGCUCCUGAAAAAUUUAAGUCGUCUCAUGUCGGCCGCAACACCCAGAGAUAUGACAAAGACAAAAGUUGGUGGCUGUCAGCUAGCGUGAUAGCACGGACGACCGAUCAAGGAGAGCGUCAGAUUCUAUUGAUUUCAAGCUCGAAUCCGACGAAGAGUGACUCUUUGUUGCCAAAGGGAGGCUGGGACACAGGCGAGAAGGUCAAAAAGGCGGCGUUGCGUGAGGUCAUAGAAGAAGGAGGAGUCAAUGCUCAACUUGCAUACGAUCUCGGUAAGAUCAAGUUUUCAGAAGCCGGCCCCAAGGGCGAAGACCCCAAAAAAUACAAAUGCUUCGGCUACCUGAUGAGAAGCAACACCAUCUAUGACGGGGCGCGGAUGGUAUUCGAGUGCACGCUGAAAGCUGUCCAAGUCCUGAUCGUCGUCGGCGUCACGGUCGACACUGCGGGGAUGCGAUUCGUGUGUGCUUGCGUGGGCGGCAGCACUCUUCGUAACAUCGAGGCCACUACGUCUGAACUAAUGAAGGCAGAGCCUUGA